UCUUUAACUGCAUCCUGUCCAAUGAAACUUCAUAAAUAUCCCAUGGAUACCCAAACAUGUUCCCUUUAUAUACAAAGCUUUGCAUACACAAGGAAAAGAAUUGAAUUUCGAUGGAAGUCCGACAGGCCCGUGGUCACCAGCAGUGCAGUAGAGCUGCCUCAAUUUACUCUUGUGAACAUUAUGACGAACAACACGUGUGAUAAAACUAAAGUUGAUGGCGAUUUCACCUGCAUUCAGAUUAAUUUCAACCUAAAUAGAAACAUUGGGUUCUACAUGAUCCAGAUCUAUAUCCCAACAAUAAUGAUCGUGCUGUUAUCCUGGGUUUCCUUCUGGCUCAGUAUUGAUGCUGUUCCCGCGCGCAUCUCCCUGGGCAUCCUUACAGUUCUCACCAUGACAACACAGAAAGGCUCCGCCAUUUCUUCUCUACCAAGGGUAUCUUAUGUUAAAGCAAUUGAUGUUUGGAUGGCAACAUGCCUUGCGUUUGUGUUUGCUGCGCUUCUAGAGUUUGCCUUUGUAAAUGUGAUGCAAAGAAGACGACAAAAAUUUGGGUCUUUACAAGAUGCAGAAAUGGACAAUAAAAUGAACUUGAACAACAGAAGAUUGAUCAACGGGAAAAGAGCAGCAAAAAAAGUAGACAAUAUUUCAAGAGUUGUAUUCCCCAUCGUAUUUUUUGCAUUUUGUGUGAUUUAUACUUUUGUUUAUAUGGUUUAAUAUCUUCAACAUAAAUUGUGCAUAUUGUAAGCGUUUUCAUUGAAUAAAAUUUCAUUUUGUGUUUUUAA